GAUUUUUAGACGUAUAGAGAAGCAGCUAUAAUCUAUGAUGAAAAAUUAGAUCCUGUUAUACACAAAGUAGAUUUGGCCCGAUUAAUAGGACGUGCAGUAGCUCAUCAAUGCUUUGAUUAUUUGAUCAGUUCUUCCUCGUUAUCUCACAUGUGGUUGAAGGUGGAAAUUCUGAUGUUAUAUGCAGCAGAUGUCAUCAACAAGCAUAGCGCAUGGAUAGCGACAUUGGUGCAACAGCAGCAUCAAACGCUCGACGGUAAUCACCAUCAGGGUCAGAAGGAGCAGGACAACGUGAAUGGUACUAUUGAGUCUGCUGAGGGUCAUGCGGUCGACAGGUUUCGCGGCGAGGCUCAAUGUUCGGUGAAGGAAAUCGCGGUCGUAGCUCCGGACAAUGAUAGCGUUAGAGAUUCCUCUACACAGUGCAGUGACGUUAUAGACGACGACAAUGAAGAAGAGGAGACGGAUGUCGAGGAAAGCGGCGCCGGCGGCUGGAUCAUGAAUCCGCCGGUAUCGACCAUCGUUCAGCAGCAUCAAGCGUUCGAUACCGGAAAUGGUUACAUCGCCCUUCCAAAUUCCGAUUCGUCGAAUUUCGGUGACGUUCGCGUGAAGGAUUCGAGCAAUGUGCAUCUGGGUAAUGAGGUCAACUACCAUGGUCCGGUUACCAUUCAUGUAAACCAAUUCGUUAACACGAAUCCUACUCCGAAUCAGGAUGCGAUUGAACUUGACGUUAUCAACGCCUCCGACAAUAUCGCGGAUUCGUCGACGAGUCAGGACAACGAAAUUCCAAAUGCAUCAAUUUUUCCACAAAAUACUGAAUUAAAUAAAGUGACGCAAUGGCUCUGGACGUGGAAAUCUCAUACGGUUUUAUCGUGCGUUCUAGUUUUAAUACUUCUGGGUAUUAUAGUGUUCAUAACUGUAUAUUUCACUCGUCAUCCGGACGCACCGACCACACCGACUACACCAUCCAUACCACCCACACCAACCACAACGGUUUCUUGGGAAAUUCCAGACUCAUCUACCGAGCAGGGUAAUAACGGGACAGAGUUUCGCAUUGUCGAGAGGGACGAAUGGGGUGUACGGCCGCCUUUGGUAUCUCUAAAAGAAAUGAAGCUGCCAGUAUCAUAUGUAAUUAUUUGUCACACUGCGUGGACAUUCUGUACCACGCUACCAGAGUGUGCACACAUAGUGAGAUUUGUGCAGGAUUAUUACAUGGAAAAUGAUAUAGCGGAUAUCAUCUACAAUU